ACAGCAGCCAGCCUUCGCUCGUCUUGCAAUUUCCUCCCGAGCUCGAAUCGAGCGCAGAAUGGAAGGCCCCAUGGCUUCGAUCUCCCUUGCACCUGCACCUGCAGCAACAGCCGGUUGCGGCUCGGGUUCGCGAUUUGCUCAUGUGCAGCAAGCUCCUGAGGACCCAAUUUAUGGCGUGACAAAUGCUUUCCUCAAGGAUCCGAGUCCCGUGAAGGUCAAUCUCGGCGUUGGUGCUUAUCGGACCGAGGAGGGUAAGCCUCUGGUGCUCAAUGUCGUUCGAAAAGCCGAAGAACAACUUCUGGCCGAUAAAUCGAGGAACAAGGAAUACUUGCCCAUCUCGGGGAUCACUCACUUCAGCAGACUCAGUGCUCAGCUCAUCCUCGGCUCGGACUGCCCGGCCAUCGCAGAGAAGAGGAUCGUCACGGCUCAAUGUCUGUCAGGGACUGGCUGUCUAAGAGUGGGAGGUGAAUUUCUCGCGAAGCAUUACAGUGGGCCGAAGAUAAUUUACAUCCCUGCGACGACCUGGACGAACCACUUCAGGAUCUUCCCCAAUGCCGGAAUGGAGGCGAGGACCUACCGCUACUACGAUCCGAAAACCAAGGGCUUGGACUACGAGGGCAUGAUGGAAGACCUGCGAGCAGCGCCCAGCGGAGCCGUGGUGCUGCUCCAUGCUUGCGCGCACAAUCCGACGGGAGUGGAUCCCACUCGAGAGCAGUGGGCAGAGAUCCAACACCUCGUCCGCGACGAGAAGCAGCUGCUGCCCUUCUUCGACAGUGCCUACCAAGGCUUUGCCAGCGGAAGCUUGGAUGCCGAUGCAUGGGCCGUGCGCCAAUUCGUGAACGACGGCGGCGAAACCCUCGUCGCUCAAAGCUACGCCAAGAACAUGGGCCUCUAUGGAGAGCGAGUCGGCGCCUUGAGCGUCAUCGUCAAGGACCCGGACGUGGCGCUUCGCAUCGAGAGUCAAGUGAACCUCGUCAUCCGACCCAUGUACUCGAGCCCUCCUACCUUCGGGGCGGCCAUCGUCUGUACAAUCCUCGGCAACAAAGCCUUGUACGAGGAAUGGAAAGUCGAGCUCAAGGGCAUGGCUGACCGAAUCAUCAGCAUGCGCCAUCAGCUCUUCGACGCUCUGAAAGCCAGAGCCACUCCUGGCACCUGGGACCACAUCGUGAACCAGAUCGGCAUGUUCACUUACUCGGGCCUUAGCAAGGAGCAAGUCGAGUAUAUGAAGACUGAAUACCACAUCCACAUGACUUCCGAUGGCCGCAUUAGUAUGGCUGGUCUCAAUACCCGCACCGUACCCCAACUGGCCGAUGCGAUCCAUGCCGCAGUCCUUCAGUUCGCCUGAUUCUCUUCUGCCUUGUGGGGCGGCAGGGCUCACGAUUUUGAAAGCAGUGUCACUUGCACGAGGGCCAAUUUCAAAACUAGGAUCGUCACCGUCCUAGACUGCUAUAGACUAGCUCAGCUGAAGGCCUCUAGCAAUUUUGACAACGUACAAAUGGCAAAUCUCGACGCAUCAUGCAUGGCCAGGAGAGUAGACCGCGAUUUUAUCGGCAGCACUAUCACAUUUUCCCCUUUUGUCCUCUUCAAAGGGAUAUCUAUGAAUCGAGUACACUUGUGUCUUCGAAGCCAUUUUCAUGUUCGAUACCAGGACUCUGUACUGUACCUAACCUGAGGUGCAGGGCUUUUGCUCGUAGUUCAUGUCGAAACUGAAAUUCCUGUAAAUUGUCCACCUUUAAACUGUCAGGGCCCGACUUGAGCACGACUUGUUUUCUGUACACGGUAAUCUCCCGAGUUUUUAAGUGCAUUUGAUGAGCCUACUGGUUUUUCUUCUG